CGACUUCCAGUCAUCCCCCCGCCCCCUCCUCGCUGGGACCCCAGGGCCCGCGCACAGCUGCCCUGACUCCGACUCCGUGCGCUCUGAGUGGAAGAAAGACCAACCCCAAACAAAGCCGGGCGCCAGCGGCGGGAGAAGUAGCCCGGGCCUCGGAGGGGCCGGGGGUGGGCGCUCGGGAGGCGGGGCGCGGCCGCAGGAAGUGCUGAGCGGGGCUGAGCGCGGCUGUGGUCCCGACCCGCCGGCCCUGCGAGCCCCCACCCGGCGCCGGCGGCCCUCGCUGCGGAGCCCGCAGCCGGUGACUUCUUCCUGGUCCCCUGGGAUAGGAUCUCCUGUCACAGCCAUCGAAGUGCCAUCCUCUCGUGGGCAGGUGGGCUCAGGCUCAGCAGCCAUGGCCCAUUACAAGGCCGAGCAGGACGACUGGCUGACCGUCUACCUGAAGUACUUACUCUUUGUCUUCAACUUCUUCUUCUGGGUGGGGGGCGUUGCGGUCAUGGCCGUGGGCAUCUGGACCCUGGUGGAGAAGAGCGGCUACCUCAGCGUCCUGGCCUCCAGUACCUUCGCCACGUCCGCCUACAUCCUCAUCUUCGCGGGCGCCCUCGUCAUGGUGACCGGCUUCCUGGGCUUUGGCGCCAUCAUCCGUGAGGACAGGAGCUGCCUCUCCACGUAUUUCUGCCUGUUGCUGGUGAUCUUCCUCGUUGAGCUGGUGGCGGGGGUCCUGGCCCACAUGUACUACCAGAGGCUGAGUGACGAGCUGAAGCUGCACUUGACCCGGACCCUGGCUGAGAACUACAGGCAGCCCGGCGCCGCGGAGAUCACAGCCUCCAUAGACCGUCUCCAGCAGGAUUUCAAGUGCUGCGGGAGCAACAGCUCGGCCGACUGGCAGCACAGCACGUACAUCCUGUCUCCCGAGGCUGAGGGCCGCCGGGUGCCCGACAGCUGCUGCAAGACGGUGGUGGCACGCUGCGGCCAGCGGGUGCACCCCUCCAACAUCUACAAGGUGGAGGGCGGCUGCAUCACCAAGCUGGAGCAGUUCCUGGCUGACCACCUGCUGCUCAUGGGGGCGGUGGGCAUCGGGGUGGCCUGCCUGCAGAUCUGCGGCAUGAUUCUCACCUGCUGCUUGCACCGGAGGCUCCAGCUGCACUUUUACUAAUGGCCAGCCACGACGGCCCCUCAAAAGUUCAGGUGCCCAAAUCCCACUGGCCAGUCCUGAGGGGUCAGCAUCAGCCUAGAAACUCCCCCCACUCUGUUCCCAGCCCCUUCGGACCCACCAAGUGCCUAGACCACGGCCCCUGCAGCUCCCACCCAGGCCAGGGACCCUUGGUCCCCUCCCUCCAAUUCUGAGUGAUCCCUAGGGAGGGGACGGAUCCUGCCCUGAGACCCUAGCCCAGGCCUGAGGCUGGGAAUUGGGCCUGCCCCUACCAGCUCCAGAACCUAGAACAAAGUGCUGGAAACUUUGACCCCCCCGGCGGGGGACCCCCCCCCGGGGACCCCCUCCCAACCGGCGCUAAGCAUCCCUCCUCAUGCCUCUGCGGCUGUGCUCCUCCCACCCAGGAAACGCAUGGUGGGCAGUUAGAGUUGGCUCCAUCCCCAGAAGACCCAACCCUUUCCCCAGCCCACACCUUCUCAGCUGGAGGAGGGAUGGCCAGGUUACUUCCUGCAGGGCCUGGGAGGUGAGGCAGCUGGGAGCGCUUGGGCGGUGGCGAGGGGGGUGGAGCCCCCAGGGCAGGGUGCAGGUGCCCCCCACAGAGGUCCCCUGGGAGACUAUGGCCCCAAGCCCUGUCUCCCGCCAUCUGCCCCUCAAGGUCUCUGUCUGGCCUGAUGCUCAGGAAGGCCAGGUGUUUGAAACCAUCAUCAACUCUUCAUGGGGGUGAGAGCAAAACCCUUCCUGAUGAAACCAGAUCCCAGACCUGCAAAGCUGAUGCUGCUGAGAAGGUGCAGCCCUGAGCAGAAGGGUGCUCUGCCCUGAACCUCCCUUUUUGUGGGCCCACACUCCUGGACCGCUGGGCCACCACCACGCAGCCCGCCGGGGCCCCGCUCUGCUUCCCAGACUGAAUAUAGCCCCUUCCUCAGCUUCUCUCUUGCAUCUCUGAAUUGACAUUUUCAGGAAGAAUUUUCUCAAAUAUUGAGGGAGAGCAGAAAGAAAGCCCUGCUAGAAGAGUUCUCUUGUGGCUCAGUGGGUUAAGGUCCAGCAUUGUCAUGCUAUGGCUCAGGUCCCUGCUGUGGCAUGGGUUCGAUCCCUGGCCCAGGAACUUCCACAUGCCUCCGGCACGGCCAAAAUAAAAGCCCCCUAAUAGAUACCGAGCAUGAUGCUGGCAGUUCUCAAACAACAUGUGUCGACUCAUAAGACAGCUACGGGGCCCCUCUACGUGGCCCUUACAAGUGGGCAGAGAGCCCCAUGCCAGCCUCCCAUCUCCCCAGGCUGGGAUUCCCAUCUUUCUACUUCCCACCCUUAUGAUGCUGAUGCUGAAGCUGAGGCCAGGAAAAGUCAUGGCUUGUUCCCCUGGUUUCUUGACCCAGGCCAGUCCAAGGUGGUGAGUGUUUUCGUCUCCGUUCACGGUCACCGCCAUCCCCAGCACAGUCCCAGCUGUACCGAGACCGCGCACUCUCAGAACAGGGCUGACUCAGGCACGGAGGGGGGACCAGGCCCCCUGGGCCAUUGCCUCCUUGUCUUGCAAUUCUCGGGGGGCUGUUGGAGAGGGCCCUGGGGUCACUGGUGUGAAGGUUGGGCUAAACCAUCCCCUGGCCCCAGGGCCCUGCACACCUGUUGGAGGGGCUCAGGCAGCAGGUAGGAGUCAGGGGACUAUUGAGGAUGAUGAAGGGGAGCUGCCAGAGACAGCUUGGUUCUGAGAACCCGGUGCGGUGAUGUGAGGUGUUGUCAUUCCUUGUGUGAGCGUAAGGAGACACGAUGGUCCAUCUCCACGGCUGUCGUUAAACUCAGCAAAAACGAGCUGGUUAAAUCAA